AUGGCGUACUCCACGCUGCGGAGGGUGGCCCUGGCCUCGGGGCUCGUCCUGGCUGCGUCGCUGCUGCUGCCCAAGGUGUUCCUGUCCCGCGGAAAGCGACAGGAGCCGCCCCCGGCGCCCGAAGGAAAAUUGGGCCGAUUUCCACCUAUGAUGCAUCAUCACCAAGCACCCUUAGAUGGCCAGAACCCUGCAGCCCGUGUCCAGAGGUCUCAUCUUGCAGAGGCCUUUGCAAAGGCUAGAGGAUCAGGUGGAGGCCAUGGAGGAGGAGGAGGAGGCAGUGGAAGAGGCCUAAUGGGGCAGAUUAUUCCAGUCUAUGGUUUUGGAAUUUUUUUAUACAUACUGUACAUUCUAUUUAAGCUUUCAAAGGGGAGGACCGCCGCCGAGGGCCGGGAUCGCUCCGCUGCCGCACCUGGAAACACCCCCAGGAAAAUCACCAAUUUUGAGCUUGUUCAACUGCAAGAAAAACUGAAGGAGACAGAGGAAGCCAUGGAAAAAUUAAUCAAUAGAGUGGGACCUAAUGGUGAGAGCAGAGCACAGACUGUGACUUCUGACCAAGAAAAACGGUUGCUGCAUCAGCUUCGAGAAAUCACUAGGGUCAUGGAAAAAGGAGGAUUCACUGACAGAUCCACUCCAGAGAGAGAAGCUGAGGAGGCCCCUUACAUGGAGGACUGGGAAGGUUACCCUGAGGAGACUUAUCCAAUUUAUGACCUUUCAGAUUGCAUCAGGCGUAGGCAAGAAACUGUCCUGGUGGAUUACCCGGACCCAGAAGAGCCCUCUGCUGAAGAAAUAGCUGAAAUGAUGGGGGUGCUAGAAGGAGGAUCUGACCUUUCGGGCUGGGAAAUGCCCACUGGCUGCAGAUCCCAGGAAGAUAAUUCUGUUACCUCAUGUGACCCAGAGCCAGGAACGUGUUCCUGCCAUCUCCCUGACGAGGAGGAUCCCGCUGUCUCGGCAGAGAAUGCUGGGCUCAUUGCUGACGGUUACAGUGAGCUGGAGGAAACCACCAGAGAAGAGUGGCCCCAGGACUCCGGAGAUGAAGGUUUGGGCGUCAGCGCCGACCCAGCGUGUGCAGGUGGCGCACUGAGGAAGCGGAGUCCCCAGGGUUCAGAGUGAAAACAGCCAGUCUGGUGAAGUAUCCAUUACUCAAUCCCAAGGUGACCUUUCUCAGGUUUCAUCCUUGGCCCUGUGCCCUGUACUUCAUUUUCUGUGUUUAAAUGUCAUAGCCAGUCAGGUCACUACCAUGGAUAUCAUGUAUCCUCCCUGGUGCUCACAUACCUGUCACCUUGUAAAACAUCAUAGAGAUUGGUAGGAACACAAGACGGCUUCGCUCUCUCUCUUCCUGCCUUUCCUCCACCCGGGCAUUGAGCCCCUGAGGGAGUGUUUGCUCUGUCGUAAUUACAGGUGGGACCACUCAAGGGCAGAGGUCUGACUCCUCACGCUGGGAAUAGCAGAUGGUUUACCUGUGAAGGAACACCAGCUUACUCAUGGUGAGAACUUAAGGUUGCAAGAGUGAAGAUUUCAGUCCAGAUGCAUUAUUCUCUGGGCCUUGAGCAGGUUAGUGGUCCCCUGGGUUCAAGAAGAGAACAUUUUUGUUUUGGGGGAUGCUGGGGCCAGAGCAGGGCAGGAUUGCUGUCUGAGCCGAAGCCCCUUCCUGACAACAUGGCCAAAAGACUCCCACCGACCUGGAAAUGAGCCCAGAGUCCUGCGGGGAGUUUCGUUCUGCCAUAGCCUUCAUCUAGAUCUAGCUUCCUUUAUCCUUGUUCUGCUUUACAGCUGCCAGACCCAGAACACCUGUGUGCCUCUGGGCCUCAGCGGCUGCAGGAAUCUUAGGUAGAGACUUUAGUCCUUGCCCUGCAGAGCCAAGGUGGGGGCUGCAGGAAGGCCUGUCCAAGCGCACUGGUCCUGCCACAGGGUGCUCAGAGGCCAGGGAGCCAGUGAGGGGCGCGGGCCGAGCACUUAGGGACAGCGUGGCCUUGAAGCUGUUUCUGAAUGUUGUGCCCUCUGGGGAGUUUGUCUUCACAGCCACGUGAAUUGAAACAGAAAUGAGGACUGAACUUGCAGACAAAGUGCCAGCACAGCAGGGAAGCUGCAGGGAGUGUCUGUUGGGACAGCCAGUGAGGCAGUGCCAGGGGAGAGACCCUCUGUCUGUCUGUAUUCAGGCAUCUGGGUCUUCCCACAGAGCUGGGGGAGUGGGCUCGGACAGGGAGGAUUUCGACAGAACUACAAGCCUGACCUCUAGGCUGCCAUCUGCCUUCGUGAGACAAGAUGGCACCCAGCUAUUGUGCCAGUAAGGGUGAGUGCACCGUUACAGUAGGGCUGGAGAGUUUAAAGAGGACGCUUCCCGAGGACGUUCUCAGUCACGAAAUGCGGAAGACCUGAAAAUUAAAUUAUGUAAAGGUAAAUAUAGCUUUUAGAGUUUCCCUGUUCCUGGUACAAGAUACCAAGAAAGUACUUUAAAUCACACAUAUGAGCAUACAGACGGAGUCAGACGGUGUCAAACGGUAUGGGACCAUCUUAAGAUACAAUGUCCAUUACUUCUCAACAUUUGUUAGUUAAUGAACUACAGAGAAGUCUUAAAGAUUGAGUCUAUAGAAAGUACGUUAUGUCUGUGUGUGGAACAGUUGAUUCACUUAUAACAAAUGCAGUUUAAAAUGUACUGAAAACAAUCUAGAUGUAAUGCUAAAGAUGAAAAAUAAUG